CCAGAAAAUCACAUUGUAUGAUUUUUAAGUAAUUCAUUUGCAUUUUAUUGCAUGACAUAAGUAUUUGAUACAUCAGAAAAGCAGAUCUUAAUAUUUGGUACAGAAACCUUUGUUUGCAAUUACAGAGAUCAUAAGUUUCCUGUAGGUCUUGACCAGGUUUGCACACACUGCAGCAGGGAUUUUGCCCACUCCUCCAUACAGACCUUCUCCAGAUCCUUCAGGUUUCGGGGCUGUCGCUGGGCAAUACGGACUUUCAGCUCCCUCCAAAGAUUUUCUAUUGGGUUCAGGUCUGGAGACUGGCUAGGCCACUCCAGGACCUUGAGAUGCUUCUUACGGAGCCACUCCUUACUUGCCCUGGCUGUGUGUUUCGGGUCGUUGUCAUGCUGGAAGACCCAGCCACGGCCCAUCUUCAAUGCUCUUACUGAGGGAAGGAGGUUGUUGGCCAAGAUCUCACGAUACAUGGCCCCAUCCAUCCUCCCCUCAAUACGGUGCAGUCGUCCUGUCCCCUUUGCAGAGAAGCAUCCCCAAAGAAUGAUGUUUCCACCUCCAUGCUUCAUGGUUGGGAUGGUGUUCUUGGGGUUGUACUCAUCCUUCUUCUUCCUCCAAACACGGCGAGUGGAGUUUAGACCAAAAAGCUCUAUUUUUGUCUCAUCAGACCACAUGACCUUCUCCCAUUCCUCCUCUGGAUCAUCCAGAUGGUCAUUGGCAAACUUCAGACGGGCCUGGACAUGCGCUGGCUUGAGCAGGGGGACCUUGCGUGCGCUGCAGGAUUUUAAUCCAUGACGGCGUAGUGUGUUACUAAUAGUUUUCUUUGAGACUGUGGUCCCAGCUCUCUUCAGGUCAUUGACCAGGUCCUGCCGUGUAGUUCUGGGCUGAUCCCUCACCUUCCUCAUGAUCAUUGAUGCCCCACGAGGUGAGAUCUUGCAUGGAGCCCCAGACCGUGGGUGAUUGACCGUCAUCUUGAACUUCUUCCAUUUUCUAAUAAUUGCGCCAACAGUUGUUGCCUUCUCACCAAGCUGCUUGCCUAUUGUCCUGUAGCCCAUCCCAGCCUUGUGCAGGUCUACAAUUUUAUCCCUGAUGUCCUUACACAGCUCUCUGGUCUUGGCCAUUGUGGAGAGGUUGGAGUCUGUUUGAUUGAGUGUGUGGACAGGUGUCUUUUAUACAGGUAACGAGUUCAAACAGGUGCAGUUAGUACAGGUAAUGAGUGGAGAACAGGAGGGCUUCUUAAAGAAAAACUAACAGGUCUGUGAGAGCCGGAAUUCUUACUGGUUGGUAGGUGAUCAAAUACUUCUGUCAUGCAAUAAAAUGCAAAUUAAUUACUUAAAAAUCAUACAAUGUGAUUUUCUGGAUUUUUGUUUUAGAUUCCGUCUCUCACAGUUGAAGUGUACCUAUGAUAAAUAUUACAGACCUCUACAUGCUUUGUAAGUAGGAAAACCUGCAAAAUCGGCAGUGUAUCAAAUACUUGUUCUCCCCACUGUAUAUAGUACCAGUCAAAAGUUUGGACACACCUACUCAUUCAAGGAUUUUUCUUUAUUUGUACUAUUUUCUACAUUGUAGAAUAAUAGUGAAGACAUCACAACUAUGAAAUAACACAUGGAAUUAUGUAGUACCCAAAAAAGUGUUAAACAAAUCAAAAUAGAUUUGAGAUUCUUCAAAGUAGCCACCCUUUGCCUUGAUGACAGCUGUGCACACUCUUGGCAUUCUCUCAACCAGCUUCAUGAGGAAUGCUUUUCCAACAGUCUUGAAGGACUUCCCACAUAUGCUGAGCACUUGUUGGCUGCUUUUCCUUCACUCUGCGGUCCAACUCACCCCAAACCAUUUCAAUUGGAUUGAGGUUGGGUGAUUGUGGAGGCCAGGUCAUCUGAUGCAGCACCAUUACUCUCCUUCUUGGUCAAAUAGCCCUUACGCAGCCUGGAGGAGACCAAAGGACAGAUUUCCACUGGUCUAAUGUCCAUUGCUCAUGUUUAUUGGCCCAAGCAAGUCUCUUCUUCUUAUUGGUGUCCUUUAGUAGUGGUUUCUUUGCAGCAAUUCGACCACGGGCUAUCUUCUGUAUUCCACCCCUACCUUGUCGCAACACAACUGAUUGGCUCAAACACAUUAAGAAAAUAGAUUUGCGAGUAGGUGUGUCUAAACCUUUGACUGGUAGUGUGUGUAUAUAUUAUGCCAGAAUGUGUAUCUGACCUGUGUUUUUUAAUUUUUCUUCUCUGUCUUCCAGACGUGGUGGUGGAGGAGUUCUUUGAGUACGAUGCUGAGGACUUCCUGGUGUUCCUGACCCUGUUGAUCACUGAGGGACGGACCCCAGAAUGUUCUGUGAAGGGUCGCACCGAGGGGCUGCACUGCCCCCCUGCAAAGUCCGCCCUGCCGCCCCUACACAGGCACGAGUGCAGCGACAAACUGCCACAGGUAACAUCCACACACAUACACACAUAGAUAACACACACACAUUGCCUCAGCUAACACACACACACACUUACCCUCCCAUGUCUGUGUGUGUGUUCAAGUGUGUGCAGGCGCGUCGUGUGCGCUCGGAGGUGUGUGUGUUGUGGAGGAACAGUAUUCCCAUCAUGGUGGAGGUGAUGUUGCUGCCAGACUGUUGCUAUGGAGACGAGAGUCCCCCUAGUGACCCCAUCAGUGACCCGGCGAUCAAACAAGACGCUCUGCUACUGGAGCGAUGGACUCUGCAGCCUGUACCAAGACAGUAUGUACACACAUAUACAUACAUACAUACAUACAGUUGAAGUCGGAAGUUUACAUACUCCUUAGCCAAAUACAUUUAAACUCAGUUUUUCACAAUUCCUGACAUUUAAUCCUAGUAAAAAUGCCCUGUUUUAGGUCAACUAGGAUCACCACUUUAUUUUAAGAAUGUGAAAUGUCAGAAUAAUAGUAGAGAGAAUGAUUUAUUUCAGCUUUUAUUUCUUUCAUCACAUUCCCAGUGGGUCAGAAGUUUACAUACACUCAAUUAGUAUUUGGUAGCAUUGCCUUUCAAUUGUUUAACUUGGAUCAAACGUUUCAGGUAGCCUUCCACAAGCUUCCCACAGUAAGUUUGGUGAAUUUUGGCACAUUCCUCCUGACAGAGCUGGUGUAACUGAGUCAGGUUUGUAGGCCUUCUUGCUCGCACACGCUUUUUCAGUUCUGCCCACACAUUUUCUAUAGGAUUGAGGUCAGGGCUUUGUGAUGGGCACUCCAAUAUCUUGACUUUGUUGUCCUUAAGCCAUUUUGCCACAACUUUGGAAGUAUGCUUGGGGCCAUUGUCCAUUUGGAAGACCCAUUUGCAACCAAGCUUUAACUUCCUGACUGAUGUCUUGAGAUGUUGCUUCAAUAUCCACAUAAUUUUCCUUCCUCAUGAUGCCAUCUAUUUUGUGAAGUGCACCAGUACCUCCUGCAGCAAAGCACCCCCACAGCAUGAUGCUGCCACCCCCGCGCUUCACGGUUGGGAUGGUUUUCUUCGGCUUGCAAGCAUCCCCUUUUUCCUCCAAACAUAACAAUGGUCAUUAUGGCCAAACAGUUCUAUUUUUGUUUCAUCAGACCAGAGGAUAUUUCUCCAAAAGGUACGAUCUUUGACCCCAUGUGCAGUUGCAAACCGUUGUCUGGCUUUUUUAUGGCGGUUUUGGAGCCGUGGCUUCUUCCUUGCUGAGCGGCCUUUCAGGUUAUGUCGAAAUAGAACUCGUUUUACUGUGGAUAUAGAUACUUUUGUACCUGUUUCCUCCAGGAUCUUCACAAGGUCCUUUGCUGUUGUUCUGGGAUUGAUUUGCACUUUUUGCACAAAAGUAUGUUCAUCUGUAGGAGACAGAACGUGUCUCCUUCCUGAGCGGUAUGACGGCUGCGUGGUCCCAUGGUGUUUAUACAUGCGUACUAUUGUUUGUACAGAUGAACAUUGUACCUUCAGGCGUUUGGAAAUUGCUCCCAAGGAUGAACCAAAUUUUAUUUCUGAGGUCUUGGCUGAUUUCUUUUGAUUUUCCCAUGAUGUCAAGCAAAGAGGCACUGAGCUUGAAGGUAGGCCUUGAAAUACAUCCACAGGUACACCACCAAUUGACUCAAAUGAUGUCAAUUAGCCUAUCAGAAGCUUCUAAAGCCAUGACAUCAUUUUCUGGAAUUUUCCAAGCUGUUUAAAGGCACCAUCAACUUAGUGUAUGUAAACUUCUGACCCACUGGAAUUGUGAUACAGUGAAUUCUAAGUGAAAUAAUCUGUCUGUAAAGAAUUGUUGGAAAAAUUACUUGUGUCAUGUACAAAGUAGUCCUAACUAACAAACUAUAGUUUGUUAACAAGACAUUUGUGUAGUGGUUGAAAAACUAGUUUUAAUGACUCCAACCUAAGUGUAUGUAAACUUCCGACUUCAACUGUACAUAGAUACACACACACCCUGCAGCCUGUACCAGGACAGUGUGUACACACACACACACACACACUUUUUGUCAGGACUAGGUUGAGCUAGUGGCACAUGCAAAAACUGGAAUAUUCCGCUUUGACGCUAUAUAUAUUUCGAACACUGACCAUGACCCCAAAAAAUGUGGGAUUGGCAUCAUUGCAAAUGCUAAUUUCCUUAGCCAUUGCUAGCUAGCUAAAGCAAAGGCCUGACUCUCUCCUUCCCCCUGUCUCUCUAGGAGCGGUGAUAAGUUUAUAGAGGAGAAGACUCUGCUGUUGGCUGUUCGUUCCUACGUCUUCUUCUCCCAGCUCAGUGCCUGGCUCAGCGCUUCUCACGGCAUUGUACCCCGAAACAUCCUCUACAGGUAACACACACUAACAACAUCUUAAAAACUUCCCCAUUAUUUUCCUAUAUCGUUACUGAAUGUUGAUCAUAAAAUACUUUCCAAAAUUAACUAAAUAAUCUGAUGUGAUCACAGGUUCUAAGCCUAUGUGUGUGUGUUUGUGUCCCACAGGAUCAGUGCAGCAGAUGAGGAGUGUGUCUGUCAGUUCUCCCAGCCCCCAGCGGAGCACCUGUUCCCUGUCCCUAACGUGUCCCAGAGUGUUGCCCUGAGGCUCAGGGUCCAGUCACUCCCCCGUCAGCCCACCUACCCCACCCUGGCCUGUAGCAUACACACCAGCCUGCCCCUGGCCCCACUCUACAGCAAGUCCCCCAGCCUUAAGCCCAACCUCAGUCCUAACCUCUACAGCAAGACACCUAGCCUUAACCCAGGCCUGAACCCUAACCCUAACCCGCCUCUGUACGAGAGGAGCCACAACUCUAAAGAGAGCCACAACAGGGCGACUCUGCCUUUCUCUGGCCUCCCCUUCCCCAGUCCUCCCAGUCUCCCCCUGCCCAGUAAGAGAGGCCAGGACCCCCCAGACAGCCAUGGUCAUUCUAGCCAGAAUGGAUCAGACCUCCCCCAGGUCAAUAAGGGGCAGACCUCAUCCCCCUACCACCUCCCCAUCUCCCCCCGGCCCUCCCCCCGCCCCCACAGGAAACUGUCCUCCCCCCUGCCCCUCCCUCCCGGGGGAAAGGCUGUCAGGUGGCUCUAUGCCCUCACCUCUGACCCCUCCGAUGACAUUACACACACCACCGAGGAUUAUGGGAUGGCCGUCAAUGGGGCCGAGAGCUCCAAGGGGCGUGGCUCCGAAGCCUUCCGGGCCUUUAAGACUUAUUCGUUGGCAGAGCCCCCACGGUGCCCCUCCCCCAGAGCCUCCUCCUCUGAGACCAACCCUCUGAUUGGCUCGCUGCUCCAGGAGAGACAGGAAGUCAUCGCCCGCAUCGCUCAGCGCCUCAACUUCUGCGACCCGACCGCCCCCCACCUCCCCCCUGCCCUCUUCACCUCCGACACUCCCACCAAGACCCCUGUCCGGGGCAGUUACCUUGACAACACCACGCUCAGAAAGACCAAAGACCCAAAGGGAGCUCUGCCUACUGACCGCGCCCGGUCUUCCCCUUUCGACACGCCCAUUGGCGACGUAGCAGCUAUUCUCAGGGAGACGCUGUCCCCGAAACCUGUUGCCUGCCGCAGACUGAGACUCACAGAGGACAGAGAUGGAGAGACACUGAGAGACAGAGAUGCAUUGAGAGACCGACAGCGAGAGAGAGACAGUAGUCUCUUGUCCCAUGCUGUUCAGGACAUUACCAGACUGAUUCAGGACAGACUGUCUGUCCAGUCUCUGUCUCCAACACACAGCCGCAGCAGCACCCCACUACACACACCACAUACACACGACACACACACUCUCCGCACGGACACACACACCACACACAGAGCCGGCUACAGUCAUAGCAACGGCUACACACCCAGCCAUGACACACACACUCUCACACACACACCUGUUUGCACAGACAGAGCUGGUGCUCCUCCAGAGACAGACGGUCCAAUCAGAGCCCAGAAUUGUGGUUCAACACUUGAAGAACUCCCGGUCAGCCCCCGACCCCAAAUCCUGCCUCAGCCCCAGUCCUCUCCUCUAGUCAUCCCACGGCCUUUACCCCAGCCCCAGUCUCAGGCCUCUCCACUACUCAGCCCCAAGAGUCCCAGGGCCAAGACCUCAAAGAGUUUACACCCCACACACCCCCAAGAGGAGCCCAGACCCUCCUCACCUAAAGACAACAUCCUGAGGACCAUCCAGACCCUGACAGUGACCCAGACCACCACCCUGACCCAGACCACUGCACAGACACUGACCACCAAGCUCACCCACACCCAGACCACUGCUCUCAUCCAGAACCACAUGAAACCUCUGACUCAGUCUCACAACCAGACCCAGACCGAGUCUCGAACUCAGCCCUCACAGAUUCAGGGCAGCGAUCGAACCCAGCCGUCUGGUCUCCAGGAUGAGAACCAGGCCCCCCCAGGCUCCAAGUCCUCCAGCCCCCCCAGUCCUGCUACCAGACCCCCCAGCACAGAGCCCAACACUGUCCUGGUGAGUGGAGUGUCCCUAAAGACCAGCACACCUGAUUAGAAAAUCACCACACACUGCAGUAUAUGUUGAAUAUCAUGCAGGUGGCUUGUCCACCUGUGAAAGAGGAUAUUACCACUUUUGGAAAAUGUCUAUUAACAGUACAAAGAGAUAUCAUUUUGAGAAAGGAUAUUUGACGUAGUGUAUUUGGCAUUUGUCUAAAAUGUUUUUUUAGAAUUGCUGUAUUAAAGCCAGUGUGUGUGUUUUCCCCGUAGCGUUCUCCCUCGCCCCUGAGACCGUAUAACAGUUGGAGGAAACGCAACCGUCACUCUCUGGACUCCACCCUCACCAAGGCCUUCCACCCCUGUACCGGCCUGCCUCUGCUGUCCAGCCCUGUAAGACACACACACACACACAGUCAGUCAGUCAGUCAGUCAGUCAGUCAGUCAGUCAGUCAGGGUGCAGAGCCACAUGACUUAUCUUCUUCUCAAUAGUAUGAAUACUCUGACUAAACUCCUGUUGAUGCUGACUAGGUUGUGUUCAUAAAAAUGGAAUAAUUUAAAAGUUGUGUGUUUUCAUGUAGUGCUUGUUGUUGUUGUUGUUGUUAUUAUUAUUAUAUACUUGUGUGUGCUGUCAUGCUAUAGUGUUUAAAUUGGGUGUUUUGACGUCAAUAAAGUUUUGUGUACAGUUGUGUGUGUUAUGUUGUAUUAUUAAAUGUGUGUGUUGUCUCUCCCAGGUUCCUCAGAGGAGAACUCAGACUGGUUACUUUGACCUGGACUCUUCUCUGACCAGCUGUAAAGGACUGCCCUGGACCGCAGGGAAGAGGUACUGAUCUCUCGCGCAAACACACACAGACACACACAUUUAUACUCAUCAUGAAUAACCUUGUCCUCAAACUCAAUUGCUACCACUUAGAGGUUCAAUAGAGAGUGAGCUGACUGGAAGGUGAGAUUAGGUUGUUACUAGACAUCAGUGGUCAUUCAGUCCAGGCCUGUACUGUACUGUAGCCCUGUCCUGUCCUCUCACACUGCCACCUGCUGUUCUGGGGUUGUAUUGCUAGUACUGUUGCUAUUGGCCUGACACUGAGGCUCAGCUCAAAAUGGCAGCUGUACACAGCUCUACACUCAGAGGCUCUGAUCUGGCCGCUGGGUUACUGUGUGGAUUAGAGGUCAGUCAGUUUGAUGCUUCUACAUACAUGGCUGACUAAGGUUUGAUAGUGUUUGAAUAUACAGUAUUAGUCUAAUCAUAAAUUCAGAAUUAGACCACAGGACAGCAAGCAAUGCUUUGGUUUAGCUUCUCUGGUACUGUUUCCAAAUAGUAAUGUUUUAGCAUUUGUGGCACAAAUCCUAUUCAUGUCAUGGGACCGAUAUUAGCAUAUUUCGUGCAUCAUGUCCAAAUCAUCUGAGGGUUGCAGGGUCUGCAGGCCAUCUCUAACUCGCAUGAUUCAAUGAAUCAACCAAUCGACCAAUCAAUCAGUGCGUGUGUGUGUGUGUUCACCUGUUUUUAACCCUGUACUGUGUUCUGUUGGGCAGAGUGUGUGUGAAGACAGAGGAGGAGUCAGAGGAACUUCAGCAGCUGUUCAGUGCCAGCGCUCCUCCUGCCAGCCUCAGUCUACUGGGCAACUUUGAGGUACGACACACAAACACACACACACACACACACACACACAAGUGUACAUGCAUUGUAUGACCUAAAGCGUGUGUGUGUUACAGGAGUGUGUGUUGAACUACCGCCUGGAGCCAUUGGGGUCAGUGGAGGGUUUCACGGCCGAGGUGGGUGCCUCCGGAACCUUCUGCCCCAGUCACAUGACCUUCCCCGUCGACGUCUCCUUCUACAGCGUCUCUGACGACAACGCACCCUCGCCAUACAUGGUGAGACACACCUACAGUACUUACACAGACACAUUAUAUUUAUAUAUAUAUAUAUAUAAAUAUAUACAGUGAGGGAAAAAAAGUAUUUGAUCCCCUGCUGAUUUUGUACGUUUGCCCACUGACAAAGAGAUGAUCAGUCUAUAAUUUUAAUGGUAGGUUUAUUUGAACAGUGAGAGACAGAAUAACAACAACAAAAUCCAGAAAAACGCAUGUAAAAAAUGUUAUAAAUUGAUUUGCAUUUUAAUGAGGGAAAUAAGUAUUUGACCCCCUCUCAAUCAGAAAGAUUUCUGGCUCCCAGGUGUCUUUUAUACCGGUAACAAGCUGAGAUUAGGAGCACACUCUUAAAGGGAGUGCUUCUAAUCUCAGCUUGUUACCUGUAUAAAAGACACCUGUCCACAGAAGCAAUCAAUCAAUCAGAUUCCAAACUCUCCACCAUGGCCAAGACCAAAGAGCUCUCCAAGGAUGUCAGGGACAAGAUUGUAGACCUACAAAAGGCUGGAAUGGGCUACAAGACCAUCGCCAAGCAGCUUGGUGAGAAGGUGACAACAGUUGGUGCGAUUAUUCGCAAAUGGAAGAAACACAAAAGAACUGUCAAUCUCCUUCGGCCUGGGGCUCCAUGCAAGAUCUCACCUCGUGGAGAUGCAAUGAUCAUGAGAACGGUGAGGAAUCAGCCCAGAACUACACGGGACGAUCUUGUCAAUGAUCUCAAGGCAGCUGGGACCAUAGUCACCAAGAAAACAAUUGGAAACACCGCAUGAAGGACUGAAAUCCUGCAGCGCCCGCAAGUCCCCCUGCUCAAGAAACACAUAUACAGGGCCGUCUGAAGUUGCCAAUGAACAUCUGAAUGAUUCAGAGGAGAACUGGGUGAAAGUGUUGUGGUCAGAUGAGACCAAAAUGGAGCUCUUUGCAUCAACUCAACUCGCCGUGUUUGGAGGAGGAGGAAUGCUGCCUAUGACCCCAAGAACACCAUCCCCACCGUCAAACAUGGAGGUGAAAACAUUAUGCUUUGGGGGUGUUUUUCUGCUAAGGGGAUAGGACAACUUCACCGCAUCAAAGGGACGAAGGACGGGGCCAUGUACAGUCAAAUCUUGGGUGAGAACCUCCUUCCCUCAGCCAGGGCAUUGAAAAUGGGUCGUGGAUGGGUAUUCCAGCAUGACAAUGACCCAAAACACACGGCCAAGGCAACAAAGGAGUGGCUCAAAAAGAAGCACAUUAAGGUCCUGGAGUGGCCUAGCCAGUCUCCAGACCUUAAUCCCAUAGAAAAUCUGUGGAGGGAGCUGAAGGUUUGAGUUGCCAAACAUCAGCCUCGAAACCUUAAUGACUUGGAGAAGAUCUGCAAAGAGGAGUGGAACAAAAUCCCUCCCUCCUGAGAUGUGUGCAAACCUGGUGGCCAACUACAAGAAACGUCUGACCUCUGUGAUUCCCAACAAGGGUUUUGCCACCAAGUACUAAGUCAUGUUUUGCAGAGGGGUCAAAUACUUAUUUCCCUAAUUUAAAAUGCAAAUCAGUUUAACAUUUUUGACAUACCUUUUUCUGGAUUUUUUUGUUGUUGUUCUGUCUCUCACUGUUCAAAUAAACCUACCAUUAAAAUUAUAAACUGAUCAUGUCUUUGUCAGUGGGCAAACGUACAAAAUCAGCAGGGGAUCAAAUACUUUUUUCCCUCACUGUGUAUAUAUAUAUAUAUAUAUAUAUACACACAUACACCCACACACACACACACACACACUUUAUAUAAACUGAACAAAAAUAAAUGCAACAUGCAACAAUUUCUAAGAUUUUAUUGAGUUACAGUUCAUAUAAGGAAAUCAGUCAAUUGAAAUAAAUGAAUUAGGCCCUAAACUAUGGAUUUCACAUGACUAAAGAAAGAAAAACGUUAGGGGCGUGGAUCAGAAAACCAGUCAGUAUCUGGUGUGACCACCAUUUGCCUCAUGCAGCGCGACACAUCUCCUUCGCAUAGAGUUGAUCAGUCUGUUGAUUGUGGCCUGUUAAUAUUGUCCCACUCCUCUUCAAUGGCUGUGCAAAGUUGCUGGAUAUUGGCGUGUACUGGAACACGCUGUCGUACACGUCGAUCCAGAGCGUCCCAAACAUGCUCAAUGGGUGACAUGUCUGGUGACUAUGCAGGCCAUGGAAGAACUGGGAUGUUUUCAGCUUCCAGGAAUUGUGUACAGGUCCUUGCGACAUGGGGCCCGUGCAUUAUCAUGCUGAAACAUGAGGUGAUGGUGGCGGAUGAAUGGCACAACAAUGGGUCUCAGGAUCUCGUCACGGCAUUCAAAUUGCCAUAGAUAAAAUGCAAUUGUGUUCGUUGUCUGUCGCUUAUGCCUGCCCAUACCAAUAAUCCCCACUGCCACCAUGGGGCACUCUGUUCACAACGUUGACAUCAGCAAACCGCUCCCCUACAUGACGCCAUUCACGUAGUCUGCGGUUGUGUUGCCGGUUGGAUUUUCUGGCCAAAUUCUCUAAAACGACGUUGGAGGAGGCUUAUGGUAGAGAAAUUAACGUUCAAUUCUCUGGCAACAGCUCUGGUUGACAUUCAAAACUGCACAUUAUAGAGUGUCCCCAGCACGAGGUGCACCUGUGUAAUAAUCAGCUUCUUGAUAUGCCACACCUGUCAGGUGGAUGGAUUAUCUUGGCAAAGGAGAAAUGCUCACUAACAGGGAUGUAAACAAAUUUGUGCACAACAUUUGAGAGAAAUAAGCUUUUUGUGCGUCUGGAAAAUUUCUGUCAUCUUUUAUUUCAGCUCAUGAAACAUGGGGCAAACACUUUAUAUGUUGCGUUUAUAUUUUUGUUCAGUGUGUGUGUGUGUGUGUGUGUGUGUGUGUGUGUGUAUGUGUAUAUAUAUAUGUAAGUAUAUAUAUAUGUAUGUAUGUAUGUGUAUAUAUAUAUAUACACACACACACUUACUGCUCACAGUGCAGAUCAAUAUUAAUAGUGUGUGUUGUUUUUGUUACAGGGAGUCAUCAACCUGGAGACUCUGGGUAAACGGGGCUACCGCGUCCCUCCAUCAGGAACCAUUCAAGUGGUGAGGACAGAUUUACACUCUGUGGAUUAUACACAUUGAAAAUGUUUGUUUAAAUGUGUGUGCAUGCAUGUGUGUCACUGUUGCUGACAUAAGAACUCCAGACAGUGAGAACAAAGGAAAGAUGGACCAGCUCCGUUCCAGCAGAGAGUUAGGAGAGGGAGACCCCUAGUGAGGACAUAAAGAAAUACAUGACUACAUGUUAACCCCUUCUCUUUUCCUCUCUCUCGCCCACUCUCUCCCGCCCACUUUCCCUCCCGCCCUCACUCUCUCCCUCCUUCUCUCCCGCUCACUCCCAGACCUUAUUUAACCCCAAUAAGACGGUGGUGAAGAUGUUUGUGGUGGUGUAUGACCUGAGAGCCAUGCCUGCCAGCUACCAGACCUUCCUCCGUCAGAGGACCUUUUCUGUCCCCGUUCGACGGGACAGCACACACUCACACAAACACGGCAGCCCAGGCAACACACAUACACACGGCAGCAGCAGGAAAGCCCUCCCCCUCGGCCAGGGACGCAUCCUGCGCUACCUCAUUCACCUGAGGUAAGAAAGACACCUGGUCUGGCUCAGCUGACCUGUCAAUCACAUAAUCUCACCUGUCAAUAAAAUAUAUUACCUGUUAGUCAAGACUGGACAGAAGACCAAACUGAACAGGAAAACAUUGUACUGACACUAAUCUAGCUCUUUCCCUCCCUCUCUCUCUCUCUUUCUCUCUCUCUCUUCCCCCCACCCCCAGGUUCCAGACCUCUAGGUCAGGUAAGGUGUACCUCCACAGGGAUAUCAGACUGCUGUUCAGUAGGAAGUCUAUGGAGGUAGACAGUGGAGCAGCCUACGAACUCAAGUCCUACACAGAGUCCCCCGCUGACCCAGCCUUCUCCCCGCGCUGCUGACACACACACACACACACACA